AUGUCGUCACUAAUUUCCAGAACUCUCAAAUACGAUCCGACCAAAGACAAGUUAAUUACAUUAGCAUGUGGGUGCUUUUGGGGUACGGAGCAUAUGUACAGAAAAUACCUAAAUGAUCGUAUAGUGGAUUGUAAAGUGGGUUAUGCUAAUGGAUCAGAAUCCAAAAAGGAUAGUCCUCACAGUGUGUCUUACAAGAGAGUUUGCGGUGGCGAUACGGAUUUUGCGGAGGUAUUACAAGUAUCCUACAACCCUAAAGUUAUAACUUUGAAGGAACUGACGGAUUUUUUCUUUAAAAUCCAUGAUCCCACCACGUCCAAUUCACAAGGGCCCGACCGAGGAACGCAAUACCGUAGUGGAUUAUUUGCUCAUUCAGAUGCCGAUUUGAAAGAGCUAACUAAAAUAAAAAUGGAAUGGCAACAAAAAUGGAAUAAUAAGAUUGCCACCGUUAUUGAACCAAUCAAGAAUUUUUAUGACGCUGAGGAGUUCCAUCAAUUAUACCUAGAUAAGAACCCAGAAGGAUAUGCAUGCCCCACACAUUAUUUGAGGGAUAUUUAG